CUGUGAUUGAUUCCAGUACUUGGUCUGUGAUUGAUUCCAGUACUUGGUCUGUGAUUGAUUCCAGUACUUGGUCUGUGAUUGAUUCCAGUACUUGGUCUUUGUGGUUGAUUCCAGUACUUGGUCUUUGUGGUUGAUUCCAGUACUUGGUCUUUGUGGUUGAUUCCAGUACUUGGUCUUUGUGAUUGAUUCCAGUUGUUGGGGUAGAGGAUGGCCUGGAAGUCCUGUUCAGGACGCUUCCUUUUGGAGUGCUGGGUUUGUGUGGACUUAGUGCUGGGGAGUCAGGAUGUUUAUCUUGCUUAUGCUUAUCCAGUGUGAGGAGAGGAGAUGUUGGGUUCUGAGGGGAUACCCAUGUCCUGUGGUGCUAUGGGGUAGCAGCGCUGUUCUGGCACAUGAAGCACAACUGGUGCAGUGGUUCUGUCGGUAGCUGGGGGCAGUAGGGGGCUUUUCAUGCGUGGAAGUGAAAUAUCAACAAUUACAUGCAACGUAAAAUAUCUUUUUCUUUAAAAAGAAAGGAAAAAGCACACGCAGUAGGCGUGGCAUGGGGGGGAAAUGGCAUCUCUUCCUCCGGAAACACUUCCCCGUCCUGAAGCUCUUCUGGGUCAGAGCCGUGCGGUUCCGUUUUGCUUUGGGCGCUGCUGGUGCUGCCCGGCUUUGUUCGCACGGAAUGCACAGCGCGGUGCUGCUUUGCUGCUGUGUGCUGGGCUGCGGCCGCGCUCUGCUGGCGUUUGGAAAUGAUGAGCACAUGGUGCAGCUGCCCGGGGGGAAGUUCCAGAUGGGCUCCAGCUCCACUCAGAGCAGAGACCAGGAUGGGCCCAUCCGGGAGGUGACAGUGAAGCCCUUCGCUAUGGACAAGUUCCCUGUUACCAACAGGGACUUCAGGGAGUUUGUUAGAGAAAAGAAAUACAAAACUGAAGCAGAAGCGUUUGGCUGGAGUUUUGUCUUUGAGGAUUUCGUAUCAGAAGAGCUGAAAAAAAAAGUCACCAAAAAACUGGAGUCUGCUCCUUGGUGGCUGCCAGUUGAGAAGGCUUUUUGGCGACAGCCUGCAGGUCCAGGCUCUGGCAUUGCAGACAGACUGGACCAUCCAGUGCUGCAUGUGAGCUGGAACGACGCGAAGGCAUUCUGCAGUUGGAAGGGGAAGAGGCUCCCAGCUGAGGAGGAGUGGGAGUUCGCUGCCCGGGGAGGGCUGGAGCAAAGGCUGUAUCCCUGGGGAAACAAGUUCCAGCCAAACCGCACCAACCUGUGGCAGGGUGACUUCCCAAGGGGGGACACAGCUGAGGAUGGCUAUCAUGGCGUGUCCCCAGUGGCAGCAUUCUCACCUCAGAACAGUUACGGGCUCUAUGACCUGCUGGGGAACACCUGGGAGUGGACGGCCUCGCAGUACACACCGCCAGGCCCUCCCCGGCCACAUGCUGAGGUGAUGCGUGUGCUGAGAGGAGCCUCGUGGAUCGACACUGUAGAUGGGUCUGCAAACCACCGAGCCUGCAUCACCACCAGGAUGGGGAACACACCAGACUCAGCCUCCGACAACCUCAGCUUCCGCUGCGCUGCCGACAUCCCGAGUCACACCAAUAAGAGCAGCAGAACCAAACCUGAGCUCUGAGGAGGGCUCCUGCCACAACCUGAGGGCAGUUUCUCCUGUGGAGAUGGACAGUAACCCCCAGAAACCAUUUUCAUUAAACCAGUGAAGUUUGUUUAAAAAAAAAAACCAAAAACUAAAUUCUUUUGGCUUAAAACUCAUUUCUGCACACCAGGUUGCAAACAAAGCGACUGCAAACAACAGGCCGUGGGUGCUGCAGACAUUACAUGUCUCCUUUUGGUGUAUCUGUGGCAAUCAGAGGCCUGUUUGUGCGAGUCCAACUCCAAAUCUGAUGGCACAGGAGCCCCAGCACAGCGGGUUGAGGACAUCCUGCCAGGCACUGCUCAUCUCAUGUGUCCAGCAGGAUCUGCUGCUCCACUGAGGGCAACAUCUCAAAUCAAGUUUGGAGAGAACCCAAACUGGGCUAUACCAUGACAGCCGUCUGCACCUAUAGCAUGAGGCCAGUAGCUUAUAAGAAAAAGCAUCAAAACCUCACUGGUUGAUUUGGAAAUAUUUUACUUGCCUUAACUCUAAGCAAACCCAACUCAAGCAGCAGCGAUGCUGCCAUCAAAACAGCUCUUCCUCAGCCGCCAGAGUGAGCAGAACAGCCUUGCAGGUGUUCUCAAAGAGCGCGGCCCUGUUCUGUGCCUCACCCUUCUUCACCCAGUGCCGGUAGGUGCGGAAGGCGCAGGCGUCGAUCAGUUUGCGGAUGGGUUUCAGUGCAUAUGGAUCCCGCACCACCAGCUCCCGUGUCACUGCCUUCAGCAUGCGGUACUGGUAGUAAAUGCGGACGGACGCCAGCACAGUCAGACAGAUCACCUGUGGGGGAAGGGGAAAGCUGGGACCUUGGCUCACCACUCAGCCCUGUCCCUGAGCACCACAGCUGCACGUUGCUUAACCACCUCCAGGGAUGGGGGAUCAACCACUUCCCUGGGCAGUCUGUUCCUAACCUUCUCUCUGAAGAACUCUUUCCUAAUGUCCAACUUAAACCUUCCCUGGUGCAACUUGAGGCUGUUUUCUCUUGUUCUAUUGCUUGUUGCUUGGGAGAGGAGACUGACACCCCCCACACACACACACUGUGCUCUCCUUUUGGGUUGUAUAUGCAUGAAAGUAAUGGUAUUUACUUGUAGACCAGUAA